GAGCCAAUCCAUUUCAGGUCCAGAUCAGUACAUCUGCGCAGAAUCUGUGCAUCGUUGCAACAUAUCCUGUAUUUCCUGGUGACGUGCAUCUUCAUAUUGGAGCAAGCUAAAUGUGAGUCAAUGCGAUCAUUUUGCCAUUAAAUAAAACAGUUCUUGGAACGAAAAUGUUCAAAGGUUGGGGGACGUGGCUAGGAUUAGAGACAGCGGCAAAGCCAGCGGAGAAUGAACUGGGCGAUAUUGUCCUAGAAGCGGAGACAAAAGAAGCAAAAGAGAGUGAAGUUAAAAAACAAGAGGUGACUGUGCAGGAUGAAGAGGUUCCAGCUCAACUACUUCUCCAGCAAGCUAAAGGCUUCAGCGGUUACCUGUAUAAUAUUGCAACCUCCGCUACAAAGAAGAUAUCUGACUCUGUGACCGAGACUGCGCAGACUAUCAAGAAAAGUGUGGAAGAGGGGAAGAUUGAUGUGAUAAUUGACAAGACUUUUCUAGGAGAUUUCCAGAAAGAACAGGAAAAGUUUGUCCAGGAAAAGAAUGCAAAAAAGACAGAUGCAGCAGUGCCUCCUUGGGUUGGCUACAGCGAGGAAGAGACCAUACAGCAGCAGAUCUUGGCCUUAUCAGCUGACAGGAGGAACUUCCUGCGGGACCCCCCCGCUGGGGUCCAGUUCCACUUUGACUUUGACCAGAUGUUCCCCACUGCUCUGGUGAUGCUGCAGGAGGACGAGCUCCUGAACCGCAUGCGCUUCGACCUGGUCCCCAAACAAGUGAAGGAGGCGGUGUUCUGGAGGAACUACUUCUACCGUGUCUCCCUCAUCAAGCAGUCUGCCCAGCUGACAGCUCUUGCAGCUCAGCAACAGGCUGCAGAGAAAGUGGAGGAGGACAAGGGCAACGUUGGCCCUGAAGAUGUACAUCUGACAGAGAACAUCAGGCCAAAAACCCCUCCCACCGCCAUCAAGACAACAGCAAAGGCCAAUGAGCACGAGGACGAGGAGAUAUCCACCAGCCCCGGCGUGUCCGAGUUCGUCAGCGACGCCUUCGACUCGUGCGACAUCGACCAGGACGACCUGCGGAAGGAGAUGGAGCAGCUGGUGCUGGAGAAGAAGCCUGAGGAGUCCGCCCCUGACGACGAGACCGCUGAAUGGGAGAAGGAGCUCCAGCGCGAGCUGCAGGAGUACGAGGUGGUGACGGAGUCUGAAAACCGCGACGACAACUGGGACCGGGAGAUUGAGGAGAUGCUGCAGGCGGAGGGCUAGGUCAGCUGUCCCGGGCCGAUCCGACCUCCCCCGUUCCACCCCCACCCUCCACCCCCCCCCAUCCUCCACGACUGGGGGGGGGGGGGACCGCCGCAAAAGGAACAUGACAUCACGGACAGUGACCAGGUCAAGCAGUCGCGGAAGCCCAUUGGCCGCUGCAGAGCUCGAACCAGGCUGGCGUGUGCUCGCCGGCCCUCUGUGGGAGCGGAUGUCCCGCCCCCCAGCUGUCUGUCAUACUGUGCCCUCUCGUCUGCACACGUUUCCCGGACUUCACCCGUCGCGCAAGGCCGAGCGUUUCUCAGAAAGGCCAGAAUCCACAUCACUUGGGUCUACCUCUGGUCGUUUGCCUCGGUCAAAGAUGUGGGCACGCUCCUCUGUCGGACUGCGCGCACCUCAAGCCUCAGUGGCAGUCACAUACACGUAACUGGGCAUCCAGACAGCUCCCUCCACAGCUCACAAGCCACAUAAAAGAUCCUGACCUGCAGGGAGCGAACAGGCCUGACCGCAGCCCUGCAGUGGCAAAGAGGCACAACACUCAUCUCUUAGCACUUUACAGAGCCUCAUGUUCCAGGUCAGGAACACGGUUUAUGAUCAUGGAAUUAUAAUUGAUGAAGUUGAUUCAGGCACCUUGUGAAAACUGUUAUGCUGAAUUACAGCAUGAAAUGUUAUUUUUUUGCCACCAAUACAUCUAAUGGUCACACUUUAAGGGUACAUGAGUUGGCAUUAACUAAUGUAGUUAUUAAUUAACCAUGUACAAAUACAUAAAGCUGUACAGAUUAACUUCUCAGUAGUUAGUUAACACCCACAUUAGUUAUUGCCAAUUCAUGUAACCGUAUUGUAAAUUCCUACCCAUCUAAUUUUAGUCUACAUUAUUUCUUUCCAUAAUAGGCAAGAGGGGUAUUUAUUUUAUAGUAUGUAGAUCAAGUUCAGAACUGCAAACUGACAGUAUGCAUUCCCACAUAUUGGUGUGAAAAAUCUAAAAUCCAUUAUUGUAUAUGGACACACAAACAUUUUUCAUCUCAGUCCUCAACGCUGUGUAUUUUUGUAUUUUGGAAAUUAAGAUUUUGAAGGCCUUUUUUUAAAAAUCAAACAAAAUCCAAGAAGUCAACUCCACCAACGCAAGGGACCACAAUCACGUGUGUGAGUCAUACAUGGAGUGUAUAACGGUUACCAUGCAGUGUCUUCUAAUCUGGAGUUUUGUUUUUUUUUGUUUUUUUUAAAUAACAGCAUUUGUAUUGCAGCCCUACAAGCUUUCAUCUACGUAUAAAAUGUAACCCCACAUUUUGCUGUUGACAUUCUUCUUUUUUCUAAGCUCCACAUCUUGAGGGUUGGAUGCAGUAUUCGAUAGGACGGUUUCCUCCUUCUGUGCUGUGUCUUGGCCAAUCGCAGGGAAGGAAAAGAAUGUGCUGUGUGACCAAAGAGAAUGACAACAUGUUAAAUCAUCCUUUGCCCUUUUCCCUGGUUACAGCGAAUGCAUCCGCGUUGGCCUGCCUUUACUCCAAUGACCUGAAAAGAUUUCACUAUUCUUAAGACAAUUAUGAAACGACUGCAAGGCCAAUAUGGCUUUGCCAUGUCUGUGGAUUGGGGAGAAUAGUGGAAAGGUCUUAUUGUUGAUUUCUGUAAGUUACUUCUAUAUGUGUCACUGAACGGCUUAAUCUCUUUUAGUACAAUGGGUGAGUUUUGAUUUUCUACCGCUCUCGAUAUUCAUUCUGUGUUAAUUCUCUCUUUAAAAGGUUUGGUGGUUGUUGGACUUGAUGGGUUCCUCAAUGACAAUGUUUUCUAAAUGACAUUCUUGUGAUAUUUAGUAAGGUGGAAUAAGUAAAACCUUCACAUGUAAUAUGGAAUAUGUGAAAGCCUAUCUUGUUCAUUUCUGUCACUAUUAAAAUAAAAACAUUUUCCUUGGCA